CAAAGUAUCGAAGGAAAAUUCGUGGAGGUAGACCUACAUUAAUUAAAUGUUGUACCUGACAGAGGUAUUUCGCUAGUCUGCAGUAGUAGUAAAGAGUUCCUGGCGCUGGCAAUCUGCAGGGUCACAAGCGGCUGCCAAGUGAUCCAAGUUUCCAUGGGCAAGAGGGUGGGACAAUGGCGAGUGCAAGCAAGUACUUACUGCUCCUGCUUUGUACGGUGUCCACGCAGAUCUACUCUUCGCUCGGUCUUUGUCCAGCAUUGAACAUAGAGGAAGCUGCAUUCAACAAGACCUCAAGAUCCGUAGGCGUAACUUUGAACGUCACCUGUCCAGGGAAAACCCACUUUGUCGGGGUACAACAGGCUACGUGUUUGGCAAAUGGGACCUGGUCUGCAACGCCCAAUUGUUCACAUAUCGACAGAUGCGCGGAAAAUCCCUUUCUCUGUGGGAGUUACUUGCGGUGUGUGCCUACCAUGCUCAGCUAUCAAUGCAAGUGUUCGCUCCCUUCCUAUUGGAAGCUCACUCAAGACUACCCUCCCAUUUACUCUAAUCAACCCGAGGGCUGCAUUAACUCAUAUGACACUAUAAUUAUGAAAAACGUAACAAUGGGCUUUGGUGAAUCACUGGUUAGUGAGAUUGCAGGAAUUGCGCAUUGUCGCGGGGCAGACAGCAGCAUGUUGUAUUGGGAGGAUACACCGUGGUCCCAUGAUGCACGCUUAGACUUCCAUCAUUAUCGACAAAUUUCGCAGCUGGCUGACAGUGAGCGCUUUUGGGUGAAUUCAACUUAUGGAUUUCAACCUUACAACAGAGCGCACGUUGAACCAGCAGGAGGACUAAAACCUAAUGUACAUAAACUUCCAUCCCAACUUUGGAAGACAGCUCACCCAUUUUGUUUAGUGCCCUUGUACAAGACCUGCGGAUCCGAAAAGGUGUGGUUCAAGUCGCAGCUUGGCUCGUUCAACUAUUCCUAUUCAACCGCUCACUGUAAUGGCUACCUCCCAACGUUAACAAAUGUGGAGAAUGCUUGCUUCAAGGACCUCAUACAAAGUGCUCUCUGGUUAUGGCAAAGGCCAGCAGUUUUCCUCUGGGCCCAGAAUGACCAAUUCCUACAGUUUGACGGUGCAAACUUCACAACCAUUACUCCACCCUCAGCUGCUAGAUUAAGCAAAGUUCUUCUCAUCUGUUAUGAAGCCUCUGUUUGCGCCACUCCGCCGGUGAUAUCCAAUGGUGUUGCCGUGAGGACGAGCGGUGCUCUGGGUGCCACGGCGUUGGUGCAGUGCAACGAGGGCUUCACACUUUCCGGCAGUUCCAUGACCAUGUGCAUGGCCAAUGGCUCAUGGUCGCUUCCCAUCGGCAAGUGCUCCGCUGGAUCGGCACAAUUAUUGUCAACGCAAUCCAGUUAUAUCCUAAUUGCAGUCGUGAUCGUACUAGCCAUAUUAGGUACAGUUGGCAUCGUAGUCAAGGGUAAGGGCAGAGUGCCCGGAGUCAGCGCACGCACUAAGUCAGACUCCUUUAAUCUUGUGAAAAGGUACCCUUCCCCGUGGGAUUCACCAGUACCUCACCACGACGCAGACGCAAGCGUAUAUUCAGUCUACGGCCAUGGCAAGAGAUUCUCCCGUCCGAAUCUGUACCAAGAGCUGAGACCGUUCCAAAGCUGAACCGCGCACCACCAAGCUCGGCCGGCCACGACCAAGACCGAGUGGAAACACAAGGCGAAAGACUGACAUCUACCACCCGCUGCAGCGUCUGAUUAGGGACUCCCUCCCCCCCCCCCCCUCCUCUCCCCCAUCAGCACUCUGCAUGUGGUUGGCCAUUGGGAGAAAGGAUCAUCUUGUCCUGCUGUGCCCUUUUCCUCCAUGCAAUUCCACUCUGUGCAGCUGCCUGAAUGGUGAAUACCAUCGGUGUAAAAAAUGAAUUACUAGCCAUCCCUCCUAUAGACAUACUGCCCAUUGAUAUCAUUAAUCCCACAUUACUUAUUUACUUAGAAUUUUUUUUUUUAUUUAGUUGUUCUUAGAGUUGCACGUGACAUGCACUUUUUUCACAAGAACAACACUUCGUCGUUGACCCCACAGUAUUUUUGCCUUCUUCGCCUGGCAGCAUGCAGGUAGUUUGAAGCAAGGAUUACUCUAGCUUUACACUUUACUUCACACUCCGCUCUGCGGCUACUGUUCUGCAGUGAACGCGGCUAGAAUGUAGGUUAUCCUGCUCGACCCUGCACACAUCCUCAGCAUGCAGCGGGCACGGUACGCAGAAGAUUCAAUUUUUUAUUCGUGAAUCGAAAUGUAAUAUUCCCCACUUCGUUCUCUAUCGCACUUUUCAGGCGCAAACUAUCUAAUGCUCCAAGGCUGUACACUAAGCAAUUGUUCCAUAUUUCCACCGACAAGCGGAACAUGCGGAUUGAAAUUCUGGAGCUAAAAUAAUUGUACAAUCAUGUACAUCGACCUACUACGUGUUAUGGUGAUUGCUGAUAUUUUCACCCGUCGAUUAUUUCUUUCCUUUCUCAGUUCAUGUUCUUGUUGUGUAUCGUUUCAAUAUCUUUCUAUCUUUCCUGUUUCGUUCCCCCAAACUUCUUUCUUCUUUGUGAAGUAAUAGUGCAUGUAUUUCAAAA